CUCUCUAUCACCGCCUGCCUUUCAGAUCUUUAAAAGCUGCUGCUUGCUGUGUCUCUCUCGUUCUCUCAUAUCCUCUGGCACCGCAGGGGACUGACUGCCUUCGCAACUGAACAGACUGAGCACCAAGCCAAGGCUGAACACAGGGAGAGAAAAAAAAGAAGCACAGGAAAAAAGGGUAGAGAGGAAAGGAAAGGAAGCAGUGGCAAGAGUCAGAAAAGGAAGAGAGAGAGAGAGACAGAGAGAGAGAGAGAGAGAGACAUUAGGGAAAAGGGGAACACAACUAACCAUCCCACUCUAGAAAUAGCAUCAGCCUUUCACACACAUACACACAUUUUUUCAGACGACUUUCAGGGAAAGGAGAGGUACAAGCCAGCCAGGAGGCUAUGGAAAACCCUAGACCCGGACGCAAGAUGUCUCUGCUCUCGAACCUGACCACGGUGGCGCUGCUGCUGAUCGCCCAGUGUGAAUCCUGGACCAUGGCCAGCCGGCUGGGCCCCCACAAGGGCUGCGUCUCCUGCAAGGACCCCCUGCACGCGUCUGGGAGCCGGGCCUCCAGGGAUAGGGAGCGAGGGGAGCAGGACCACGCGGGCACGGCUGGUGCUGGCAGCACGUCGCUGCUGGCCCUGGGCGAGCCGUGCGGCGUGUACACCCUCAACUGCGCUAGAGGGCUGCGCUGCGUGCCCCCGCCGCACGAGAACAGCCCUCUCCAGGCUCUGCUGCAGGGACGGGGCUUCUGCGUCAAGCACAGUAGACCCAGUCCUACGGAGAGGCCCCACCCUACAGGUCCUCAUCCUUCCCACAGUGGCGAAAUAGAAAAAGCUCCCUGCCGCAAGCUGCUGAACUCGGUGCUGCAGGGCCUGGAGCUGACCAUUUUCCAGUCGGACCGGACCAUCUACAUCCCCAACUGUGACACCCGCGGCUUCUACAGGAAAAAACAGUGCCGGUCCUCCAUGGGAAUGCAGCGCGGACACUGCUGGUGCGUGGACAAGCUGGGGACGGCCAUCCCAGCACUGCUUAGCGACGACGGCACCUUACCCUGCGACGGGGAGUGACCUCCUGACCUCUGAAGGUCACGGACAGCGGAGGGCAGAGAGGAGGAGAGGAGAGGAGAGGAGAGGAGAGGAGAGGAGAGGAGAAGAGGCUUUGAGAGGAGGCUUUGAGAGGGAGAGGUGGCGGCUUUAGCUUCUGCUAGAUACUGCCUGGUUAGAGGAGAAGCUAGAGAGAAAUUGGAAUCACUUGAAAUGGAUCAAAACAAACAAAAAGCUAAGCUAAGGUUCACCCCACUCACACACCCACAAGACUUGAAGAGGAAAACAUGUCCCUUUGACCAACUCAGUGUAAUCCCUAACCCCCUUGACUGAGGUCCAACGUGCCACUAGGGGCGCUAGCUCAUACUGCCUUGUGUUUGCUUCUCUCUCUCUUUCUCUCUGUCUCUCUCUGUCUCUCUCUCUCUCUCUCUCUCAGACUAAAAUACUGUUAACUAAUAGCUCAUGUCGAUAAAUGGUGAUUGAGGAGUUAAAGAAACCUGUCUCCUCGCCAUCCUCUCUACCCCUCCCGAGACAUACACUGAUUAGAGUAUAUAGACGUGAAUGAGCAAACUUCGUUUAAUUUAUUCUGAAGUACAAUGCCACUUCCAUUCAGAUUUGCAUAUAUUUGACUUCUUCACAUUAUCGCAUAAUCAAGAUGUAAAGAUGCUCAUUUAUGUAGACAUCAUUUGGGUUGCAUUCUGACUGCUACCACCAUUGGAUUGUUUGCACAUAAGUAUGGUUUUGUGGUUGUGUAUUUAAACUGGCAAGUAAAUGGUUGCUAAUGGCUGUUACCCUUUCUGAGAUGUUAGGCAUAUUUUUAUACACUUCAAUAUAAUAUUUUAUAUAUAUAAAUAUAUAUAAAUUUGAUUUAUUUAAAAUACAGUGCCAUGUAUUUUUAUAUUGUCAGCAGUUUUAUUUUCAUGUCAGGACAAAAGCUAUUUUCUCUCAUGUACUGAACUGCAUUAUGCCCUGAAGGCCCACUCAUGGAGCAGAAAUAUACAACCACAACACACACAGAUACUCAACUGCUGUACAUGUUCUUAUUUUCUAUGUUUCAAGUGUGACUUUAAUGUUAUGUAAUAUGUGUGGACCAUAUUAUAUCAGAAUGUAUUACAAUGUUUGCGUUUUAAAGUACUAUUUUAAUGAAGUUUCUUUAGUGUUAUCAAUCAUUCCAAAAAAAGAAAAGGUAAAAAAAAUUGCAAGUGCACAAAAAGUGUGAUUAGAGAUUUCACACAAUGAAUAACAUAUCUCUGUGGUUGGCCAGUUUAUGUAAAGGCUUGUCUAAGUUUAGCCAAGUUAGCCAUCCCUAAAGGUGUAGGUGAAAGGUUGAA